AUGGAGGAGGAGAGGGCACAGCAGACUGAAGCGCCCAGACAGCUCCUCUUCGUCGUCGUCGUCGAGGAGAGACAGAGACCGCUCCUCGCGAGACAGAGACCGCUCCUCGCGGCGCAAGGAGGGCUCGUCAUCUUCCUCCUCUACAUCUUCAUCAUCUUCUUCCAGCAGCAGCAGAAAGCGGUCGCGGUCGCGCUCCCCUGGGCGCAGCAGCCGCCGCCGGUCCCGCUCGCGCGAGCGGUCCUCCAGGAGGUCCCGCCGCUCGCACUCGCCCUCGCCCCCUCGCCGCAAUCGGAGAAGAGCGCGUGGGACCAGCCGCCUCCCGGGUUCGACGGCGCGAACGCGGCCCAGCUGGCGCAGCUGGCGAUGGCCACCGGCGGGCCGCUGCUCGGCGGGCUGCCCCUGGGCAUGGGCGCGCUGCCCGGCGCGCUGGGGGCCAUGGCCGGCCUCCUCCCGGGCGCCAUGGGCCUGGUCCCCACGGCCCAGCAGACGGCCCAGCAGGCCGCCCAGAUCAACCGCCAGGCCCGCCGCCUCUACGUCGGCAGCAUCCCCCCGGGCGUGAGCGACCCCGACCACCGGCCCGUGGUGUCGUCGCAGCUCAACCCCGACAAGAGCUUCUCCUUCAUCGAAUUCUCCACCAUCGACGAGGCCACUGCCGGAAUGGCGCUGGACGGGAUCACGAUGAACGGGAUGACGCUCAAGGUGCGUCGACCGAAGGACUACGUGUCGCCGCCGACCGCGCAGGCGCCGGCGUCGGGGGGCAUUCACAUUCCGGGGAUCGUGUCGACCAACGUGCCGGACUCGCCGAACAAGAUCUUCAUCGGCGGCCUCCCGUCCUACCUCAACGAGGCCCAGGUCAAGGAGCUCCUCACAGCCUUUGGCCCGCUCAAGGCCUUCAACCUCGUCAAGGACACCGCCACCGGCAACUCCAAGGGCUACGCCUUCUUCGAAUACCUCGACGCCUCCGUCACUGACCGAGCAUGCCAGGGCCUCAACGGGAUGAAGCUGGGCGACAAGACGCUGCUGGUGCAGCGGGCCAACAUCGGCGCCAAGCAGGACGGCACCGGCGGCCUCAUCAUGAUGCCCAUGGACCCGUCGGGCAUGCUCAACGCGAGCCCGAGCGCCGCGAGCCUCCUCAACCUGCAGUUGCUCAACCUGGUGCGGCCGGAGGAGCUGGUGUCGGACGAGGACCACGCGGACAUCGUGGAGGACGUGCGGCAGGAGUGCGAGAAGUACGGCAACGUGAUGUCCGUGUUUGUGGAGUUUGCCGACCGGGAGGACGCGGCGCGGGCGCAAUCGAACCUGGCCGGGCGCAAGUUUAACGGUCACGUGGUGCUCACCUCCUACUUUGACGAGGACGACUACGAGCAGCGCGACUUCUCCCGCCAUUGA